AUGGCGAUGCGAAUCCGUCAAACAUGUUCUGGAGUCCCGACCAAGCUGAAGGUGAGUUGGAACCUGCAACCUGCAAUGCGCAUCGGAGAGCAGCCCCUGACAAGGAUCGACGAGGAAGAUGGAACCAACACCGCAUACCUCAGGGGCAGAAAGCUGCACGGCAAGCUCGUAAAGCUACCCCAAGGCUACUACGGCUCGGUGGUCGAGAAGUCGGAAGCGAAACCCGAGCCCAGCAGACACGAGGUGGCCGAAGACGCCACGCCACAAGAAGAGCCCGAAGACCAACUCCAAGUCGGCGCCAUGCAGGGGAAAGCCGCGUUCGACGAGAUGAUGAUCUGGGACCACGAGUCGUCCGCCGACUCCAGCGCAGACCCUUACGUGAGGAGUAUGGAGGAAUGGGUUACAUUCACCGAGCAGAUGCACGCGUAUCCGACUGAACCGGAAUCACCUUCAGAAUGA